AUGGAAUCUGCACCCUCUGAGACCGCCAACAGCAAGAUAACUUCCCUUCUUGAGACGGUCUCUCACGCGCUCGCCGACCAGGCGGACCUGAGUGUUUUUGCCUUGGGUGGGAAGAUCAAUCUCAGUACGGUCACCGAGGCGUUGUCUAAUGCAUCCGAGACAAGCUCUCUUGUCAUCCGCUGGGAUUCGGGCGAUACCAACCACUGCCGCAAGGUCUCAUUACCAGUGGUUGAAAGCGAUGCAGAUUCCCAGGCAGCGUUUGCCAAGCUUCUGGAAGACUCGGAACCGGCUACGUAUGGUGUCGGCAGCGAAGCGGUUUUGGAUGAGACCUACCGGAAGGCAGGCAAGAUGAACGCAGCGAGGUUCUCAACUAAUUUCAACCCAUACGAACAUGGCGUGAUCGAUGCCAUCGCCCAAGCCCUCACCCAUAGCGACCACCGUGGCAUCAAGGCAGAACUCUACAAUUUGAAUUUGGCCGUGAGGCACGGCGGACGCGAGGUGAUGUUCGACUGGGCGUCAGAGACUGCCUCGGCCGUUCAGUGGGGUGCUUUCUUCUCUGAUUGCGAGCACGAAGUCUUGGAGGUGACCGGCGGACACCGGUUGACCCUGGCUUACAAUCUCUACUGGACUCCCUUCGGGCCAGCCUCAAUGGCCGACGGUCUCAACAUCCUCGAGCCGGAGUCUCUCCAUUUCUUUGGCGCAAUUCGAGAGCUGUUGCAAUGCCCUGACUUUCUUCCAAAAGGGGGUCUGCUGGGCUUCACUUGUACUCACUCCUAUCCUCACACUUCUGACUCAUCCACCACGACUUUGCAACACACCUUGAAAGGCCUUGACAUGCUCGUGUACCAGGCCUUAAAACGCUUCACUAGUUCCGUGAAAGUGACACAUGCCCUCGAUGAUCACCUAUUCCAGGAUGAGUGGGAGGGAUACUUGGAUGACAAGAGGGACCGCACAGCCACGGGGGCAACGCAACCUUCCUAUGCAAGCCUCGCUACCAUUGGAACUUCCAUCCGGGGCCCCAUCGCCUUGGAUGGUCUCGGAGACGGCUAUCCGGAUCCUGAAGAGCUGCACUAUACUGAUUACAGCGGCGGCGAUUAUUACGGUGCCGAUUAUUCCUGCGACCAUAUAGACAGGACAGGUGACAUGGCGUUUACUCGGGAUCACGUCACAUGGCUCAACCACCAUCCCCAAAAGACAACACCUCGAGAACUUGCCGUUGCAUUUCUUGUUUACGGGAACGAGCCUGGAAUAAAUGUGUACUACUCAACAGCGGUUAUUGUUGCCGACUUCCGUAAAUCAUCGACCCCCGAGGUCAAUGAGGCCAUCGAGAGCAACGAGCCCACAGAAGCCACAGAGGCCGCUGAGUGA